UAGGGUUUGGCCUCAUGAGAUCUCCAUUUUAUUAUUAUAUAGAUUCUCCUUGCUUGACAUUUUUGUUUGUUUUCUCUUAAUCUCUUGCUCGAUUAUUGCGGAAACUCUCUCAUCUAAUCUUACUUUUGGUCAAUUAGAUAUGGAUCCUUCUUCUGCUAUGGCAAGCCAAGCCUUAGACUUGUUGACGAAGACAUACGAGGUUGUGGAUCAUCCUUCAACAAAUUCAAUAAUCUCGUGGGGACAUGACAACAAGAGUUUCAUAAUUUGGGAUCCGGAAGGAUUUGAAAAGUUUCUUCUUCCCUAUAUCUUUCCUCCCCGCAACCUGGGCGUUUAUGCCUCGUAUCUCAAGCUUUAUGGAGUUUUAAAAGUUGAGUCUGAACAAGAAUGGGAAUUUGCAAACGAUGAUUUUGUGAGAGGCCAACCUGAGCUUUUGGAGAAGAUUACUGAUCGCUACAAGAUAUACUCCCAAGCUCUUCUUGCUUGUAAGACGAGGGAGGAGAGAUUCUUAUUGAACAAGAAGCGUAAUGAAGAAUGGGAAAGGGAGAGAUUGUAGAAAGCUUUAGCAACAGAUCUCCAAAAUCAAUGCAACAUUUGAUU